CGUCGAACGAGUCGCGUAUUUUGUUGUGUUUGAGAUAGCGGAUAGGAUUAGAUCGUAGUAAGCUGGAGUCGCAAGUUGUGCUGGGUUUACCAUAAUAUAGUGUAGUUUUGAAUAUCAUUAUCAUUUUUAAAACAUCCGAGAUUCUUCCACAGGCAGUGUCUCUAGAAAACUCAGUUGCCUUUGAUUUGUUCGGUUCCUUUUCAAGCUUGCAAAAAAAAGUGAAAUCUCCGAAUUCAGCAGCAAAGUUAAUUAUUUUUUUGGCUGCUCUCGAGGAAGAAAAUCAAAUUUGAAAGUGCUUAAAGUGAAAUUUAAACAAGGUCAAUCAAUCGAAAGUUUGCUUAAAAGAGCAGUUCAAUGGUUGGAGGAUAUCUGUGAAACGAAAAAUCGAGAAAUAUUACAGCAGGCUACCGAAGAAAGCGGAAGUUGUUGGCCAUUAAGUUCGAUCGGGGUGAAAAAUCUUGCAGGAAAAGAAAGAAGUUUCCCUGGCCGAGAGCGCAAUAAGAAAAUGUCCAUCAGCUGCAAGUGCUUAAAUAUCGUAGUGAAGUUGGUGGAACCGGAAUUGGAAUCUGCGGCUCGGUUCGAUUUCGAAAAGUAUCUCACCAAACGGUCCCACUUGGUCGGAUCUUCGCCGGCGGAACAGCCGGAAUCAUUGGCAAAAGCAGCAGCAACAACAACAAGUACAACAACAGUGGCAGCAGCAGCAGCAGCAAAUAAUACGACACCCAGCGACGACCAUUUUCUAUUUUUCAAAGAGGCCCUCGGUCCGCUAGCGUUCGCCCGAGUGCAGAUUCAAUUCGAUGGCCUGCAGCGGAAGGUACGGUUGUUUGACGAGUGGGAUCUUAGCCAGUGCCGGAACUGCGACUGUUACGUCUAUGCUCGGAACGUAUCGAACAGCACCGAAGAUUCGCCUUCGUCGCUGCUGAACUGUUUGGUCAAUUCGAAUUUAGUGAUCACCGAAAGCCAAAUGAAUGCCCGAAUGGCGGAGGACAACUAUUCUCCGGUGUUUGGUUUGGUUUUGAACGGUUCAAGUCUCAACUAUAGCGAUUUGACGCAGGCGAACAAAGCCAAAGCGCUUGGACAGGCCACUACCCUCAGUGGUGAGAAUAAGCAUCAGCAAACGUUUGUGCAUCUUCUUCGUGCCUACAUGGAGCGUGAAACGGAAGCGGCCAACGAGCGGAUCCACCGCUUUACUGAGCAAGAAUUUGCUGUGCUCAAACUGAAGAGAGAACGCGCAGAACAGGAUUGUCUAAUCCUUUCGAAACUAGUUACUAGAGUACCUGAACAUCAGAAGCUACCGCUGCAUCGGAGUGGCAGCAGUAGCAGCAAUAGCGGGGACAAAGACAUCCCACAGGGUGUGGGAUCGGCUAAACCGAUCACUGCCGUCAGGUCCAAUUCGAUCGUCAGUGGCAGCGUUAGUCCGAUGGCUACCAGUGUCCCGAAUGUCGCUGCAACCGGAAGUCAGCUAGAAACACCCCCACCUACUCCGGAAUAUCAACCAAUGUCCACCGGUAAUAGUCCACCGAUGACGACAACGCCCAACAACGGCGGCAUCCGGACAUCAGUCAGUGCCAAUCUAAGGCACCCACAUAACCAUACUCAACAUGCUUCCUCGAUGACCCCGGUGGAUCAAAAUCAGUCUGCAUCGUCAUCGCUUUCGCCACAAUCGACGAAAAUGACAACCACCAUCGCCGGAAGCCGAUCUCUCUAUAAUAGGACAAAUAUAAGCUUCAGCAACAACAAUAACACUAUCAUAAGUAUGAACAACACUCGAGGUGCCAUCAACAACGGUAGCAGCAUCAGCAGCAGCUACAAACAGCAACAUUCCAGUACAAACUCGACAUCCACGGUGAUGCUGGGCAUGACGCAGCAGCAGCAACAACAACAACGGCUGGCGGCCACCAAUUCGUUCGAAUCCGACUGCAUGUUCGACAUCGACGGUAUGGAGAACGACAACAACCGGUCGCCGCUCUCGACCACGCUGUCCGAUGAGGAGGAAUUCGGAUUCGAUGAAUCCAUUGGAAACAAUAAUGAUGACGGAAUGCACAUUCCAUCGCGCCAACUCGGCCGCCAGAACAGUGCUUCCAUUGCCAAGAGUUUGCCCAUCUCGAUGCCCCAGGUCAUGGCGCAGUACCGUGCCAACGAAGAAGAUUUCGAUGAGAUGAAUGAGGACAACGUGGACAUCGCGGCUAGUAUUAAGGCUCUGGCCCGAAGCGUACACGGGGACACCGUUUUCGGCGAUCUACCGAGACCUCAGAUUCAACGAUUUACCACUCAAAUCUAAAGCUGCAGGUUUUCUAGUAGGUACUGGAAAAUUUACAGAAGAAAUACACCGAUGACAGUAAGUUUGUGUCAUGCGCGAAUGAAUGUCACCAGCUAGCUGUGACCUCUGGCAGGACGGACAGCCACUUUUUUUUUUUAUCAAACUCUGUUCUUGAAAUCUAACUUGGGAUUAUUCCAACACAAGAACAGCAACAACAACAACAACAACUUCAUCUGGCUGUGUUAAGCUGCGCAAGCAAUUGAACGUUUCAUUUGCGUUCAGUUAUUAUGAUUCUUACGAUUAACCUUUAUGCAGAUAAUUUUAAUCAUUACUAUUAACUGAGCUUAUGAUGGACCACUAUUAGGUUUUUUUUUUGUUUUUUAAUCCUCUCUUAGUUUGUAAGGCAAAAGAUUCUCUUAAAAUGUUUAAGUGAGAAUUGUUAGCAUUCAAAAUUUUACCAGAAGUUUCCGAAUUUCUGCUGUCUGGCUCUCAUUGCAAAGAAGAACAACUGAAAGUCCAUUUGAAGGAGUAGUAGGAUACUUGGACAAAAAUGGGCACACGUUUAACUUUUUCACUAACGACUUUGCACUUUAAAUAAUGCGGCUCCAAAGCCAGCCGCGCUAACGAGCUUCCCAUGGGAGUAGAUUCUAGUGUUUAGUUUCUGUUCUUUUUUCCAUUUUCUUUGAUUAUAUAACCAAUAAGUGUCGAUUCGAUUAAAUUAGAAUUGUUUUCCUCAAAGCAUUUCGGAAGGUCAGUAAAAAGUUUGAAACUAUUCUUAUAUCUCAUACUGUUUUAAGAUUGUACGUUUAUUCACCUUUUUAACGACGCAAGAUUGUCAGAAAAGUUUUCAUCAGGCUACGUCUGUAGUCAUUAAGAAAAGUAGGAGGAGCACAAUUUGCCCAUAUUUGUAUUGUAUUACGACAUAUACUUACACCGAGUAAAAUAGCGUUGGCGUCAUAUGUGGGCGUCAAGGAGCGUAGAAUAUAGAUUCGACGAUAUGAUGGUAACAUUUUUAAUCUUAAGCAUGAAGCUGUAAUGAAUAAACAAUUGCUUUCCAAUUUUUGCAUUCGCAGAAACUAUGUUCGAAUCAAUGAAGCAUGCAAUCAAACCAAGAGUUAUCGAUGAUAUGUUGGAUUUCUAUCAAGCAAACUUAGAGCGAAAUGCUAGUUGCAAAACAAUAUAAGCUACACUAUAAGACGUUGUGAAAAAUAUCAACAGGAAAGAGGUUUAUAAGGAUGUCAAACAAUUCCUAUCAUUCGUUUGCUUUGUUAAUAUUGAAUUCGUUAAUUCACUAUUUACCAGCUUACAAUUAUCACAGAUUUCUUCGAGCAAAGUAUAAGCUUUGAAAUUUAAUAGACAAUUUCAACCUUCGAUUUUCCAUUUUUGAAAAAAAUCAAUAUGUCCUAAAUAAAUGAAUCCAUUCAGUUAUUAAACUACCUCCAAAUAUUAUAAACAUGUAAAGUUGGUUCUAACUGCAACAAUACAAAUCCAUGAAUACUAACCCGGAUUAUAUCAAAUAUAUACUACUCAUAAGUACUACAUACUUCCAACCCAACCAGUGAUCGGCGACCACCAAUUCAAUCUUUGAGUAGAUUUCUAAAGUUCUACGAAGCUAUAAAAUAUGAGAAAAACGGACCAACGGUUGGCAUCAACACUAAAAAAGAAAUUAAUUGAAAGCAAAGCAAUUUGGAAACUACUAGGUACUUGAUAAAGUUAAAUAUUGAAACGAGUCGACAUGAUACGAGAAGUUGAUCGGAAUGAAUAAAAAAAAAAACAGAGCAACGAUUAACCGCUAUUUGAUGUGUUAUUAUCAUUAUCAGUGAACAGUAAUAACCGCUAAAAGGUAAUGAUGUUGAAUUCACUAGGUCGAGAGCAUCGACAUUCACACAUUGUAACAACAAACUAACAAAAAUUAACUGUCGAAAAUCCUUCUGAGAAAGCAGUUCGGAUGUGGUUUUUUUCUGUUUCAUUGGAGUCUAGCAAACAACCUACAUUGUAGAGAGGAAGUAAGAGAGAGGAAAAUUGAACAAACAAGUUUAAAAAGUACUACCUAGAUUGUGAUCAUCAACAUGAGAGAAAUUGUGUCUUUUUUGAUACUGAUAGAGCAUCAAUACGUGUUUGGCGAACGCGCAUCAUGUGCCGGUGGACAAGACAAAGAAAUACAUAUAUGUAUGUUUAUUUGAAAAUUAAAAA